UUCUACUUCCUGGUUCUGUAAGCGGAUGACUAAGUAGUGAAAUGGGUCGAGGUACCGGCUGGUAAAAAAAAUAAUUGAAUCACGAUUAAAAGGACAAGACUUAAUGUACAGGACGGUUCACAUACAUUUGGUAAUCUUAAUCAAAAUUCACAGAUGAGCGCACCUUGUUUUCACCCUCACCACCACUUCAUGGCUGGCCGACCCCGACAAAACAACGCGGACUUGCUAACUAUAGACAUACUUAAUUGACGCCUUCCGUUCACAGUCGCCUGUACUCAUCUUCCUCGGCGAGUGUGUAGUGUGGACAUCGUCCGUGAUGGAUAUGAAAAUAAUUGUAUCGUGGAUAAUCUGGUGUACAUGUAACUGCAACUUAGGCACUUGUAAGGAUGAUAACACAACAAUCGUCUUGCUUAACACAACACUGUCGUGGAGUGGAGGACAACAGGCAUGUCGUGAUAGAAAUGGCACAAUGCUCAGCGAACAGGAAGCACGAUCUGAUCCGGAAGUCAUCCGACAACUGACGUCAGGGAAUGAGUACUGGACUGGAAUGCAUCAGUACUUAUCAGAUUGGAUCGGUGUUUAUGGAUGGGAAUACAGCAACAAUAUAACACAGAUAGCUGACGUCACUACACACGAGCUGGAAUGGUCGUCUCCUGGGAGUUGUCAGGAGAUCUGUCAUAAGUACAGGAUAUUUGCUAUUAUUGGAGGCUCCACCUGUAUAUGUAUCCCAUCCUCUGCAGCAGACAAUAGUUUGUUCGCUUUUGAGUCUAGCAGAGUUUCGAACUGGACUGUGUGUAGCAACUCGGAAACACCUAACACGUGCGGGGGCACAAAUAACGGCCGGGUGAUAGCCAGCCUGUACGUGGAUUCAAGUUAUUUAGUUUCAAGCGUUUCUGAUCUUGAUGGUAAUUGUAUGAGUGCUCAAUGUGAUGGGACAAGUGGAAACGCUGUUUUAAAGGCACGUGAUUGUGAAAUCCACAAGUUCAGGUCCUGUGAAAACGUACAACCAGCUACAGAUCUUACGGGACAAUCUGCAUGGAAACAGGCGUAUGAAGGCUGUUUGAAUAUUACCUCUAUUUACGCCAUGCAGUUGUCUUGUUUGUCUUUAACUCAACUUCCUCGCGUCACUAAAACGUCAUACUGGAUCGGAUAUAAAAGACAGUUCUACACGAGACAGGACAAAGGUAACAAUGUAAACGUUGCUGAAGUACAGAAAUGUCAGAGUUGUAACACAAACGGGAGCUGCCAAUACCAGAGCAAAAGUCAAUGUGGUGUGGCGAAAAGGGUGAUGUGUAGGGUCCCUUAUUCAGAUGAAACAGCAACUACUGCCCUGACACCGGAAACAGAGACAACAAGGGAGACAAGAACGUUCUCAUUCUCAGAUAUAACACGUGGUGGCUCUCCACAACCAGACGGUUCCUCAAGCCCACCACCUGGUUCCGUUUCCCUCGAAAACAGAGGUAGCAAAACAAAUACUCAAGACACAGUGCCAUUAAUGGUGUUCAACGUUGUUAUCAUUGUCCUAGUAACCUCACUGAUUUUAGUGGUUACGCUGAGCAUUUCCUGUAUAUGCUUUAUAGUAAGACGAUACGCGAAAAGGGGGACAAAAACAGCUACGAAAACAAAAAACAACGAGAUGUCGGAGACAGCGGAACACAAUCCAGAUUUCAAUGCGUACCUUACCAUCAGCGAACGAUCUUGUCACCUGUAUGGGGAUGUUCAGUAUGACAAAGCGGAGGAACGGAAGAGUGUAUCCUUACACAGCCAGAUAUACGAUACCAGCGUCAGCGAUAAAAGUGGAGGAUCAGAUGAUUAUUUAACACCUACUGUAAAGACUGUCAAAGAAAACACAACCGGUAGUCUGUCAUCUGAAGGUUAUGAUGAUGUUAUCACAUCAUCUUCACAAACUCGUAUCUGACCAUUGAAAUAAAAUUACAAUCAGAGGAAAUGAAGAGAAAUCUACCUGUUGUAUAUAGAAACACAUCCAGAUGCGGGAUCACAAAUCUCAUCAGCAGACAGUCACAUGUGGAGUAGCAGUCAUCACCAGAUCUACUGAUGGGGCAGACAUAAGAGCAGUUACCGCCAUAAAAAAAAUAUAUAUACAUAAUGUAUACACACACACACACACACACACACACACACACACACACAUAUAUAUAUAUAUAUAUAUAUAUAUAUAUAUAUAUAUAUAUAUAUACCUUUGCUCAGCAUAAUUACCGUUAAUUAGAUCUACAAUAAUAACUUUUGACAGAGGAAAUCCAAUGCGAAUUUUCGAUGGUCAUUUUUGUUUCAUUUAGGAUUACAUUUACCUUCACAAUUCCUGAUUCCAUUGAUUUGAUAUUAUCUUCACAUGGAAUAUACCUGCAAUGAAAAUAACUACCAUAUACACGUAUACUCGCAUAUAGGUUGACCUGCAUGUAAGUCGUUAACCCUCUUUUCGGAGAUUUUUUAAAAGAAUUUAACUAACUUUAUAAGUCGGAUUGAUUUCUUUUUUAUCAUAUUGUCCGUCAUCUCCAUAUUUACUCUCUAGCAAGAGUUGUGUUUCUUUGUUGUAUAUAUUUUGGAACGUCAUUAAACAGGUUGGGAACACUUCCCCUAUAGCGAGAUAUUCUCUCGCUAGAGAGGGAUAAUCGCGUUUUAGCGAGAAUAUCUCGCUAUAGGGGAAGUGUUCCCAACCUGUUAAAAGGUCAUUUACAUUUCCAAUGCUUUUGCUUAUCAAUUGAAAUGAUAGCCAUUUCCUCAUGAAUAUGAACUACGUGCGUAUGAAUCUUGAUAAAUAUAGUACCAAUAUUCAACGGCUAGGAAUUACCAUAGAAAUGAAAUGUGUAAUAUAAAAAUAAAUGGGAUAUGAUAUGCGAUGCUGUAUGCCAGCAUACUUUAUGCUGACAAUAGGCGAUGUAGGUCAUAACCUCAUGUAUUUUCUAAAAACAAUGAAAUUUAUUAAAUACAUGAUUAUAUAUCCCUGUGUUCAGUACUUUUUAUUUAUAUGUACUUAAUUAUAGCUAGUCUUCAUAUAUAUCUUAGAUUUGUAGCAAUUUUCUUUUAAAAUAAGAAAAUACAAUGAUCUUGUACCUCAGGGCAUGUCUGCCUAAUUAUAUUACAUGUAUAUUAUAUAUAAUAAAGUAUGUUU